UGGAACUGGAGUUACAGUUGUGAGUUGCCAUGUGGGUGCUGGGAAUUGAACCUGGGUCCUCUGGAAGAGCAGCCUGGUGGCUCUAGAGGAUAAGUGGAGGUAGCGACAGGCAGAGACUGCGAGGGGCUCACAAUUCCUCUAGGUCCCUAGUGGUAGGUACUCAACCCUUUCCAGCUGCUCUCCCAUCGUCUCUGAAAUGGCCAGUACGUAAGAACCAGUUGCUUAAGGAGAUGUCAAGAUUUGGCCAAGGAAGGAGGUAGGUUUCAUGGCUUAGUUACACAGGUCUGAGCCAUAUCCCAAGUUUAAAGUCAGCCUUUGCAAGUUAGCAAAACCCUGUCUCAAAGCUCCCUAACUCCCCCCCCCAAAAAAAAAACCUUGACUAAAAGGACCCAGGUGUGGAAUACUUGAUUCAGAUAACAGCAGCAGACAGCCCCACAGGCAAAUUAAAAAAAUCAAGCUGCUAGGCACACCCUGGGAGGAGGUUACAGCAGGGUGGGGGAAGAGGCAAAGGGAGCAGGUGAGGUUGAGGCAGCACUUUAUGGAGGAGCUGCCUACCUCCUUUGCUCCCUUGACUAGGGGAGAAAAGGAGCCCCAGGUGGGAGUUCCAGCCCCUCAGAGCUCUGCUUCAGUACAAAGGACUUCAUUCAUUUUUCUCCUCCUACCUGCCCUGGCUUGCCCCUCCCCUUAGCACAGCCCUGCUGUGAUGAAUCCUCUUAGAUUUUGUGCUUGAAGAAUAACCAGGAAACUGAAAAGUUUCCAGGUGUGUAUGCUCUGCAGGGACACGGUUUAGGGCAGCGUUGGGAAAUUCCUUUUCACUUCUUCCGGCUUCUCAGAGCCCCUUCAAGCACCUUGCAGGAGGCCACAAUCAUGACCAGUCCAAGACACCCAGUAUCAGCACAUGCUGUAGCCCUGGUGCAGAUGGAGCGACUUCAGACAUUUGCCUUCUCUGUGCGCUGGUCAGACAACAGUGAUUCAUCUGUUCGCAGGAGCUGGGAUGAGUUUAGGCAGCUCCAGAUCCUUAAGGAAACCUUCCCAGUGGAGGCGGGCCUGCUCCGGAGAUCUGAAAGAGUUCUUCCCAAGCUUCCUGAUGUUCCACUGCUGACACGUCGGGGACACACUGGCCGAGGCCUGGUACGUCUGCGGCUGCUGGACACCUAUGUGCAGGCACUGCUGGCAACCUCAGAGCAUGUAUUGAGGAGCUCGGCACUCAGUGACUUCUUUGCACCAAAACCUGUGGAUCUGAAGCCCAUGCUGCCUCCUGGCAGCUUGGUGAUCUUGCCCACACCAGAGGAGCCCUUAUCCCAACCUGCAAGCAGCCUUGCCAUUCAUAACCUGGAGGCUCAGAGCAUGCGUUGCCUACAGCCUUUCUUCACCCAUGACACAAGAGACAGGCCUUUCCACACACAGGCUCAAGAAACUCUGGACGUAUUACUACGACAUCCUUCAGGCUGGUGGCUGGUGGAGAACAAGGAUCAGCAGACAGCCUGGUUCCCAGCUCCCUACUUGGAGGAAGUAGCCCAGGGCCAGGGCCAGGAGUCAGGCUUGGCUUUGCAAGGCAGGGGGAUGCAGUUCUGUGCUACCCAGGCCUAUGAGGGCAGUCGUACUGAUGAGCUAUCAGUGCCUGCAGGGGCACGUGUGUAUGUGCUGGAAACCUCAGACCGUGGCUGGUGGCUGUGCAGGUACAAUGGACUGGUAGGCCUGUUUCCUGCAGUGCUGCUGCAACCUGAAGGGCUGGGCUCCCUCCUGAGCAGGCCAGGGCUCCCAGGUAGUGGGAGAGAAGAUACGGUGACCAAGGACAGGAUUGUUCCCCCUGUAGUACCAACUCGCCCCUGUAUGAGUGCCAUCCAGAGUCGAUGCUGCUCCAUCACCCGCAGGGCCCUGGGACAGGACCAAAGGACCCAGGGUCCCUUUUGAGGAUUUGUGUAACCCUGCAGAGAGGUUGUACUGUCAACCCCAAACACAGGCAAAGCUGGGAUCCAGACCUGUCAAGGGAACAGGACAGGGUGGGGCUCAAUGGCUGGUAGGGCCAAAGAGCAACAGCUUCCCAUUUCCUCUAAAUAAAGCUGGAAUGACUUCACCCAA